AUGGGUGCUAAUUUUGCAGCUGAAGAACACAUUCGAAAGAACAAAUUAAGAGAAGAAAGUGAAAGGGCCCACAAUGUGUCGCAAUUUUUGACUGUUUGCUUCUGUGUCAGGAGCUGUUUCCAUGAGCGAGAGUGGUGUGGCCUUGCAGUGGUAACUAGGCGUUCAUUUCAGGUUUGUGGUGUCUAUGCGACAUGGGACCAGGAUCUCUUGGAAAAAACGAUAGAGCGUACGUAUAAUGGUGAGUUUGUGUGCAUUUUCAUGCUUUGGUGCCACAACAAAUCACCAUCAUCAUCACCAUCAUCAUCAUCAUCAUCAUCAUCAAGAUGGGUUGGUAGUGUCACCCUAGUUAAAGUGCCGGUGAACCAAGCACAUUGUGCACCGAAGAGAAGCCAAUGCAAGAAAACCAUUGUUUUUCACUCAAGAUUGUCGUCUUCAGCCAGCACUAAAACUGUGGCUGGCAGAACUUGCAAAGGGUACAGAGAGCACGGUGUUCUUGUCACUUUACAGGAUAGAAUUUCGACAAACCCUGAGAACGACAAUGUUUCCUCGAGUUUUAAGGACACUGUAUUCCAGCUUUUACAUUCGUUCUAUCAGUUUUCUCGUCCUCAUACUGUGAUUGGCACUCUUAUAGGGAUAACAUCAGUUUCUCUUCUACCUGUAGAAACAAUAUCUGAACUGUCUCCCACAUUUUUUAUGGGAUUGCUGAAGGCAUUGGUGCCAUCGGUGUUGAUGAACAUUUACGUGGUGGGGUUGAAUCAAUUAUUUGAUGUUGAAAUAGACAAGGUAAACAAACCUUAUCUCCCACUUGCUUCUGGCGAUUUCUCAAUGGGAACUGGUGUCGCAAUUGUUUCGGCAUCUUUGUUGGCAAGUUUCGCGAUGGGAAUCAUGUUUCAAUCCCCACUACUAUUUUCUGCCCUUCUCGUAAGUUGUGUGCUCGGGAGUGUGUAUUCUAUAGAACUUCCUUUUCUCAGAUGGAAGAAGCAAGCAUUUCUUGCUGCAACUUGCAUCAUGAUCGUGAGGGCUAUUGUCGUUCAACUCGCUUUCUUUGUACACAUGCAGAAAUUUGUUCUUGGCAAAACAACAGUUGUGACAAGAUCAUUAGUGUUUGCAACUGCUUUCAUGUGCUUCUUUUCUGCUGUCAUUGCCCUAUUCAAGGAUAUACCUGACGUCGAUGGCGACCGAGAUUAUGGCAUUCAAUCCUUCAGUGUCAGCUUAGGGCAAGAAAGAGUCUUUUGGCUCUGUGUUAACAUGCUGCUAUUAGCAUAUGGAGCUGCUGUGGUUGUAGGAGCUUCGUCUACAUUCCUACCAAGCAAGUUCAUCACAAUAUUAGGCCAUUGUGCUCUAGCAUUCAUUCUGUGGCUUCGAGCACGAUCGGUCGAUCUUACCAGCAAAGAUUCCAUAACUUCCUUCUACAUGUUCAUCUGGAAGUUAUUCUAUGCUGAGUACUUCCUCGUUCCGUUUGUUCGCUGA